GGGGCAAGAGCUUCCAAGGCAGUUGCCCAUUUUCCUGGGCACCGUGUUGCUGGUUGUGCGGCUUGAGAACACUAUUUUCUGCCCUUUUCACACCAUCCUUGAUGUGACCUUGCACUUUGCACACGUCGGUUCCUUUCAGCAUGUGGAAAUUUUACCACUAUAACCCCCAUUCUCCGUCUUGGAGACCAUACCAAUAUCGACCACGAUUGCCGGAAGUUCCUUUGCUAACGCGACGACCCUCUGAUCAGGAUGCGCUCAGCUAUUUGGAUCAGGUCAAGGUUCGGUUCGUUGAUCAACCAGACGUAUACAACCGAUUUCUUGAUAUUAUGAAGGACUUCAAAAGUCAAGCCAUCGACACUCCCGGUGUAAUCCAACGCGUUUCAACACUUUUCAAUGGCCACCCUGCUCUUAUUCAGGGAUUCAAUACCUUCCUACCUCCGGGAUAUCGGAUCGAAUGCGGUACAGAGGACAAUCCUGACGCGAUCAGGGUGACCACACCUUCGGGGACAAAUACGCUGAGUAUGCCUCGUCCUGGGCCUCCACUGGAUUCCGCUGAGAUGGGUCCAUCUGGUGGCAUGGGCUCUCAUGGUCGUCCUGAUUUUUUUGAUCAAUCUCGACCUGGUUGGCAGCAGCCUCAACAUCAGCAACAGCAGCAACAGCAACAGCAGGGUGGCAUUCCAGGGUCAUACUCUCCUGGAACUCGGAUGAUGGGCGCUAUGUUUGGCCAGCAGAGCGGGCAAGGCCAGCCGCAAGACCAUCACUACGAAUAUCCAACCCAGCAGGAACAGCAGGCUGCUGCUGGCGCUGCGGCCAUGGCUCACCAGCAAGAUCAGCGUGGUGUGUCGCAGCUCCAAGGUGCAGCAUCCGCCGCGUCUGCCGGCCUUGGGCGCCCCUCCAUGAUGCAAGUAUCUCCGGCCCCCGGGCAAAACCCCAACCUGAACCAACCCAUGAACAGUCUGGCCGGAGUUGGAUCGGGCAUGCUCCAGGGACAGGCAGACUUGAAUAAGCGCGGACCUGUCGAAUUCAACCACGCGAUCAGCUAUGUGAAUAAGAUAAAGAACCGUUUCGCUAGUGCCCCAGAAAUUUACAAGCAAUUUCUCGAAAUCCUGCAGACCUACCAACGCGAGUCGAAGCCUAUCCAGGAUGUGUACGCCCAGGUGACCCAGUUGUUCAACACCGCGCCCGAUUUAUUAGAGGACUUCAAGCAGUUUUUGCCAGAAUCUGCAGCGCACGCCAAGCAGCAACAGCAAGCAGCUGCCGCCGCCGCCGCUCGUCAGGCCGAGGAGGCAGCACCGAUGAGCAACCUUCGUGGGGAACCCAGCGGCUAUCCCAACGCUGGUGCACUUCCCUCGCAGACUCCCAACCGCGACGUGAAAAUGCCCCCUCUUGGUCAGUUCAAUGUCAAAGACUCGGGCAAGGAUGGCAAGAAACGUCGAGCAGGACCUGGUGCUCCAUCAGCUCUGGGAUCCUCUGUUUCUGGGCCUUCUGCAGGAGCUGAAGCGGCACGUAUGGCUGAUUCCCAAGCUGGUCGACCCCCGGCAUUGCAGGUUGGCAAUGUCAACAAGCGAGCCAAGGUCCACCAUGGAAAACCGUCGCAAGCAGAUAUUCCUGCCGUUUCACCCACUCUGAUUCCCGCUCUCCCAGAACCGAUUCAGCCAACCUUCUCCCUAACACCCACCCAAGAGGAAUUUGCGUUCUUUGACCGUGUCAAGAAAUACAUUGGAAACAAGCAGACCUUCAGCGAGUUUCUCAAGCUAUGCAAUCUUUACUCGACUGAUCUUAUCGAUAGACAUGUUCUUGUAAAGAGGGCUGCUGGCUACAUUGGCUCCAACCCGGAGAUUAUGAGCUGGUUCAAACGCUUCAUGCACAUUGAAGAACCGGAGGACAAGAUCAUUGACCUUAAACCUAAGCAAGAAGCCGCAGUCGUCAAUUUGUCGCACUGUCGCUCUCUUGGUCCUAGCUAUCGUCUUCUCCCGAAGCGUGAGCGACAGAAGCCUUGCAGUGGCCGUGAUCAGCUCUGUUAUAGCGUUCUUAAUGAUGAGUGGGCUUCUCAUCCGACUUGGGCUUCCGAGGAUUCUGGGUUCGUAGCUCACCGGAAGAACCAGUAUGAGGAUGCUUUGCACCGUAUCGAAGAAGACAGGCACGACUACGACCAUCAUAUCGAGGCCUGCACUCGUACUAUUCAACUCAUCGAGCCUAUUGUCCAGCAGUUCCUCGUCAUGUCAGAAGCGGAGCGAGCGGCAUUCAAACUCCCACCAGGCCUGGGUGGCCAGAGUGAGGCCAUUUACCAGCGCGUUAUCAAGAAGAUCUACGACCGACAGCGCGGUGAGAAGAUCAUCCGUGAAAUGUUUGAGAGGCCUUGCCAUGUUCUCCCAAUUGUUCUGUUCCGGCUGAAACAGAAAUGCGAGGAGUGGAAAGCCAGCCAGCGCGAAUGGGAUAAGGUCUGGCGUGAGCAAAUGCAGAAAGCUUACUGGCGUAGUCUGGACCACCAAGCCAUUGCCAGCAAAGGAACGGACAAGAAGCUAUUUGUUGGAAAGCACAUCCAGAACGAAAUUCAAAACAAGUUCGAGGAGAGCCGAAAUCUGCGCAAGAGUGGAUUUCAGGUCCCCAAGCACCAGUUCGAAUUUACUUUUGACGACCCUGCUGUUCUCAUCGAUGCUACUCACUUGCUGUUAAUAUUUAUUGAUCGCAAUUCUGCUGGGUUCGGUGCUGAUCCCCAGAAGGUGAUGGCAUUCAUCAAGGACUUCAUACCGGUGUUCUUUGAUAUGGACCGCGACACGUUUCAUGUUUAUAUGAAUGAGCUUUCUAGCGAGACUCCCCCAGCCGAGGAGGGUGAUGACGAAAGUAUUGCCGCAGAGGAGGCAUCCACUCCCCGUAGUCGCAAAGGCAUCAACGGCAAGAAGAUGGAUCUCCUUCGUGAUGUUUUGGAGCGUCGAAGCGAGAAGGCAAAUCGGAGUGAUAAACAAAGCAGUGCGCCCGCCAGCCGGGAUGGCACACCAGACGCUGUUCUGAUUCCUUCGACGCCAAUUCCUGACCCUACAGAAACCUUCGACGUGGCGGAGCUGAAGUGGAUGGAGCACCCAGGCCAGGGUAACUUCAACCUUCAGCGCGAGUACACGCUCAAUGAGACGUAUGAGAAGAAAUUCCAUCACUUGUACGCCAACUUGAGCAUCUUCUGUUUCUUCCGCACCUUUGAGAUUCUCUAUUCCCGUCUGCUCCGCAUCAAACUGCACGAAAAGGAUGCUCAUGAGGAUGUGCGUCGUGCCCUGGUGGCAAAACCAGCCCAGGAGCUUGGCCUCAUGGACAAAAUCCCAACCGAUUUCUUCUAUGAUUGCGACCCCAAGGCCAAUCUGUAUAACCAGAUCGUGCGGAUGUGUGAGGAAGUUAUUAAGGGCGACAUGGAAACUUCUCAUUUGGAGGAGACACUACGUCGCUACUACCUGCGAAGCGGCUACCAACUCUACAACCUUGAGAAAAUGUUCACGGGUGCAGCCAAGUUCGCUGGUGCCAUUUUCAACGGAGAUUCUAAGGAUCGCAGCUCUGACAUCAUGAAUCUAUUCUUCAAGGAGCGGGACAAGGAUGAUACUACUCACAACCAGGAGAUCCAGUACCGCAAGCAGGUAGAGAGGCUGGUUAAAGAUGGUGAUAUUUAUCGCAUUACCUACCACCCUUCCUCGAAGAAGACUUCUAUCCAGCUUUUGACGCCCGAGGACUCCACCUUGGAAAAUGAAGAGCUGAGCCAGGAGGCACGCUGGUCGUACUAUGUUUCUGCGUACACCAUGCGCGAUCCGACCGAAGGGGUUCCAUUUUCUCAGAUGCGCAUGCCAUUCUUGAAGCGGAACCUGCCUGGUAAACUGGACCAGGAAGAGGAGUACAACCGCUACUACCGCCCGCUUGUCCACCAAGACGGUCUCAUCAUCCGCAUUUGCGCCAACAGCUAUCAUAUCUUGUAUGAGCCUGGAAGCUUGGACUGGUGGUGGCGCCCGACUGGUCCCCCGGAGGAAUCGGCGGAUGAGGCUGCUAAGGAAGAAGCGGCUGUCAAAGAAAGGCGGCGGGACCGCUUUACGGAGAAGUUUGUCAACAACCCCAGCUGGGCGCACGGGCUUAGCAAAGACCAAGUGGACGAGUCAAAUCAACGUUUCCGUUCCUGGAUCAAGGGUACUGAAACCGACAGUGGGGCUGGUGCUGCCGAGAAAGCUGCUCCAGAGACGAACAAUGAAGACGCAGACAUGCCUGACGCUGAAACGGGUACUUCGGAGCAGAAGGAAAAAUAAUGGCAUUGCAUUUGAGGAUUUGCCGUGGCUAGGAUUUGGAUAUUGACAUGAUAUGAAAGCCUAUCCAUGGAGGUAUGCGACCUGUCACAGCUUUACUUGGGGGUCAGAGUUUGAUGGGACCUGCUGUUCCUCCGCCAUGCUAUCCACCUAUUCUGCACAAUUUGCCUGCAUACUUUAUGUUUUAUUUUUCUCGAUUUUCAUUCUAUGCUGUUCUUUUCUAUGGUCAUGUCUUUUUUUUUUUUCUUAUUCCACAGCAGUGAU